UGUUGUGCGGGGGCCGGGGUGGGAAGGUGCGAGGCAGGCCUUGGGGCUGGUCUCUGCCUGCCCUCCCCUCGCCCCCACGGGCUUUGUGCUGCCCCUUUUCGGAUUGCUAAUGGAGACUUCCCUUUGUCGGAGCGCAGGGUGACUGGUGAGGAAUUGCCUUCCCCGGAGCCUGGACCUGGGUGUUUUGUUUUGUGUUUUGUUUUGGUUUUUGGUUUUUUUUUUGUGGCCUAGCAAGAAGCGGUUUCCUUUCCUGAGCUGUUGGCAUCUUCUUGCCUGGAUUCAGUCAUUCCCAAAGGAAUGGAGGAAUGCAGCUGAUAAAUCCUUAACCACCCUGUGCUCCCAUAGGCAGCGCCAGAAGCUGGCUUCGUCUUCUCCACUUUGGCACUUUGGGGGUGGGCCCCUCUUUGUUACCUGCUCUGGGUACCUUUCUAGCGGCACUGUAGACCAAAGGAGAUGGAAGAAAAGGAGCGAUGUGAUAAAUUCCAGCUGGUACCUUGAGACUAAGGGGAUUCAUAGCUUUUGACAUUUGGUGUUUUGUUUUGUUUUGUUUUCCUGGGGGGGGAGGGAGGGAAGUAUUCUAUUUUAUGGGGUAUGGGAGGAGGGAGGAAAAAUAUGUUGCAGAUCUCUAUGUGGUUUUUAAAACCAGCCAUCAGAGGCAAUUACUGAAUAAACUGAAGCACAAGAGGAGGGUUUGUGAGCUGGAAGCAGCGCUAGCCUACAAAAGAAAGGGGCAGUGGGCUGCUGUUGUGACUGUGGAGGAAGAAACUUCAGCCUCCGUCGUUUCUCACCACCUACUCUCCAUCCACCCUGCGAGAAAAUGAGUUGCGUGCCAUGGAAAGGUGACAAGACCAAAUCAGAAUCACCAGAGCCGCCCCAGCUACCACCACUGCAUAUUUACCAUGAGAAGCAGCGUAGGGAGCUGUGUGCUCUCCAUGCCCUCAACAAUGUCUUCCAGGACAGCAACGCCUUCACUAGGGAAACUCUGCAAGAGAUUUUUCAGAGGCUGUCUCCCAACACCAUGGUGACACCCCACAAGAAGAGCAUGCUGGGAAACGGAAACUAUGAUGUGAACGUGAUCAUGGCAGCACUUCAGACCAAAGGCUAUGAGGCGGUUUGGUGGGACAAGCGCAGGGAUGUUAACGUCAUCGCCCUGUCUAAUGUGAUGGGCUUCAUCAUGAAUCUGCCCUCCAGCCUUUGCUGGGGCCCCUUGAAGCUCCCCCUCAAGCGACAGCACUGGAUCUGCGUCCGGGAGGUGGGAGGCACCUACUACAACCUCGACUCCAAACUCAAGAUGCCCGAGUGGAUUGGAGGUGAAAGUGAGCUCAGGAAAUUUUUGAAACACCAGCUGAGAGGAAAGAACUGUGAACUCCUGCUGGUGGUGCCAGAGGAGGUGGAAGCACAUCAGAGCUGGAGAGCUGACAUGUGACCCGGACCGACUCUGUCCUCCCACUACAGCUCUUCCCCUUUACUGAACUCCCGACGCCCUGAAACCUGGAUAAUGGGUGCCCUGACUCUUCUUGUCUGGAAUUCCCUUUGUUAGGCUCUUCUCUUCCUUCCUUGGUGCAAUAGGGCAACGGCGUAGGACAUUGGGGGUGGUGGGUGGGGAAGACUUGAGGGCAGAGCGGAGGAAACUGGAAGCCGAUCACUUUAUUUGCAAAGAGCUGCAUGCCCUUCAGCUAGCGAGAAGGCAUUGUGCUCUUUAAAACUGGGCUUUGGGGCUAGGGUGUCUGGAGGGCUCUGGCCCCCCUUCCCCCAUAAGGUUCAAGGCCAUGUGUGGUGGGACGUGGCUCCCCCCGGGGCUUGCCGGGGAGGAGCAGGGGCCGAGCACGCUGCUGCCUCUUCACAAGUCUCUCCCUCCAAAACAAGUUGUUGUGAAGACAUUUGCAAUUCCUAAGGGUCUCUCAGGACACUCUCAAACACUAGGAAUGGUACGGUGCUCAGCACGACCCUCUGCUUCCUAGGGAUGGUUUGUGCCAGGAAUUAGAAAACAAUAAUAAAAACAGUGUCAUCUUUGAAGGAA